AUGAACCCGGGGAAUGUUCAGAAGCCUCCGCCUACGGCUGAUGUGCCGUCACCUCCCGGGAACUACGACACAUCCAGGACUCCUCCAGCGAACUUCCCAGCACCGCCCGAUCACCAUCCACCUCCAUUCCCUACGCAGACUUCACGACGGCCAUACCCGCAUGUCGACACAAGUGGCAACAAGGACAUUCGCAGAAGCACCUUUGACGACAAUGUUGAAUGGGCUCCUCGUCCUCCACCGGAAGCUGUCCUCGAGCGUAUGGAUGUCUUCUUCCCCGCGCAUGACCUCGAUCGGCCUGUCAUCGAGAUGCCUUCAGGCGGCACGUCUCCUAUCACCACUGAGAACCCCAUCCCGGCGCCGCAACGCAACAAGCACAAGAAAUCUAUUCGAGUGGUGGCUGCGGAGCUCAAGAAACGCGCAUCGCGAAUGGAGACUUCCAUUCCUGCCGCCCUGCGGAAGCGCAACACCAAAUUGUGGGGCAGCAAGGUCGAGGAAGUCACCACGGAAGCCGAAGUGCCACCUAUCCCUUCGGAGGCGUCACCAGGAGGUGUUGUCAGACCGAUCUUCAGGUGGAUUCGUGGUGAACUCAUCGGGAAGGGCACAUACGGCAAGGUGUAUCUCGCACUGAACGCUACGACUGGUGAAAUGAUCGCCGUCAAGCAAGUGGAGAUACCGAGAACCGCCAGCGACAUAAGCGACACGCGGCAGGUCACCGUCGUAGAGGCCCUGAAGCUGGAGAGCGAGACACUGAAAGAUUUAGAUCACCCGAAUAUUGUGCAGUAUCUUGGAUUCGAAGAGACGCCAGCGUUCUUGAGCAUCUUUUUGGAGUACGUUCCUGGUGGAUCUAUCGCCAGCUGCCUACGCAGAUACGGCAAGUUCGAGGAGGAAGUCACGAAGUCAUUUAUGGGUCAAAUCUUGUCUGGCUUGGAAUACCUUCACGGUAAAGGCAUCUUGCAUCGAGAUUUGAAAGCAGACAAUAUUCUGGUAGAGACGAACGGGAUCUGCAAGAUUUCUGAUUUCGGCAUCUCCAAGCGCACAGACGACGUCAACCAGGCGGGAGCUUACACGUCGAUGCAGGGCACGGUGUUUUGGAUGGCUCCUGAAGUUAUUAACUCCCAGAAGGGAGGGUAUAACUCCAAGGUGGAUAUCUGGAGUGUCGGCUGUGUCGUGUACGAGAUGUGGACAGGGCAGCGACCUUGGAAUGGUCAAGAGGCGAUGGCAGUCUUGCUCCACUUGUAUCAAAACCGGGUAGCCCCGCCUCUGCCUGAAAGCAUCACGCUGUCUCCCCUAGCUGAUGACUUCCGUCAGAGCUGCUUUGCUAUGGACCCCAACCUACGGCCGAGUGCAGCUGAACUACGGCAACAUCCAUAUCUCGAACUCCAGCCGGGCUGGGAGUUCCCGGGUUUCCAAUAG